AUAUCGAGACCAAACUCAGGAAGUGCAUGCGAGGCAUGGCGAGGCACAGCUUUUGCAGGCUUCAGUGAUGUCACGCCUGCUGGGAACGCCCACUUUCUCCUGCCAGGAGAUCACACAAUCCUGUUUGGGAACAAAUUACAAUGAUGUUAGGCUUGGAACAACAGAAGAGCACUACAUUCAGCUUAAAGAAAUGUACAAUGGCUGUGAAAUAGUACUGGGAAAUCUGGAAAUCACCCAUUUACAACCUCAUCAUGAUACGUCAUUUCUAAAGGAAAUACAAGAAGUGGACGGAUAUGUUCUCAUUGCUGGUAACUUGGUGAAAACCAUUCCACUAGUCAAUCUUAGAAUUAUCAGAGGCAAGAGUUUGUAUAAGAACUCUGCGCUCUACAUUUCAUCCAAUUUCAAUGAAAAUAAAGUUGCAAAUGGUCUGGAGGAGCUCCCAAUGAGACAGCUGAAAGAAAUCCUUCACGGUGGAGUUACCAUUGCCAAGAAUAAUAGAUUGUGCCAUAUGGACACAAUCAAGUGGAAAGACAUUGUUCAUAUAGCCAACGACAUUGUCAUCAAACAAAGUCCCCUCCCAGAUUGUCCUACAUGUGAUGUAAACUGCAAUGGCUCAUGUUGGGGUCCUGGUCCAGAAAACUGUCAAAUACUCACAAAACUCAAUUGUGCCCAGGAGUGUUCAGGACGGUGCCGGGGGCCUGAUCCCAGUGACUGCUGUCAUAGUCAGUGUGCAGCUGGCUGUACAGGUCCUAAAGAAUCAGACUGCCUGGCCUGCCUCAGGUUUCGUGAUGGGAACACAUGCUUGGAAAGCUGCUCUUUGACAGAUACAUACAACUUAAAGCAAAAUCUUCUGGAAGGAACCCCCAAAAAGUAUAGUUAUGGGUCGUCAUGUGUGAAAAAAUGUCCACAUAAUUACAUUGUAUCAGAUUCUGGAUCGUGUAUACAGUCAUGUGGUAUUGGCACAUAUGCAGUUAGGAAUAUUGUUUCCCACUAUUUCAUGCAACAAGAUAAAGAUAAAAAAAGGGAUUGGACUGAAUCUGUACAAACAUCUCUAAAUAAUGUUCUAAAGCAUAAUACAUACAUCAUAACACCUGGAAAAGAGAUUUAUAAUAUCACAUCCAAACUGGACAAACCAAAAGUGGAUGCUAUAAGUAAUAAAAAAGUUUGCUCAGGGACUGCCAAUCGUAUGUCUCAACUUGGUCCAGUGGAAUACCAUUACAAUUAUUUAAAGAAAAUGUACCAAGGAUGUGCCAUUGUACUUGGAAAUUUAGAAAUUACCCAUUUACGAGACGAUUACGACCUCUCUUUUCUUAAGGAUAUUCAAGAAGUAGGAGGAUAUGUUAUCAUUGCUCUAAAUACAGCAAAGUCGAUUCCACUUGGAAACCUUCGGAUCAUUAGAGGAGAAACCUUGUACCAGAACGCUGCACUGACAAUUUUUUCAAAUUAUGGAGUAAACGUGACCCAUGCUCUGGAGGAGCUUCCAAUGCGACAAUUACAAGAAAUCAUUCAUGGUGGAGUUCUAAUCAGAAACAAUCCUAAACUUUGCAACUUACAUACAAUUCAAUGGGAAGAUAUUGUUCACUCAAACUAUAAUAUUUCUGUGCAAAAAAGUUCUCCUGCAAACUGUUCUGAAUGUGACAAGGCUUGCAGUGGCUCAUGUUGGAGCCUUGGUCCAGACAACUGUCAGAUAUUAACAAAGCUUGUUUGUGACCAGACUUGUCCGGGAAGGUGCAGGGGACCGAAGCCAAGUGAUUGCUGUGACCAUAAGUGUGCAGCAGGUUGCAAAGGUCCCAAAGAAACAGACUGCCUGGCUUGCAAAUUAGUUCGAGAUGAUCACGACAAAUGCCUGGAAUUCUGCUCUCCUCUUCAUACACUUAAUGAUGUUUAUCCAAUGGAAAGUAAUAGAAGGGACUCAUGUGUGAUAAAAUGCCCAGUGGACUAUAUGGUGACAGAUUGUGGGACUUGUGUUGACAAAUGUGGUCCAGGUUUAUAUAUGGUAAAAGAAUAUGGUGUACUACGCUGUAAAAAAUGUGAUGGGCCAUGUCCAGAAGGAAAAACAUGUAUUGGAAUUGGAUAUGGAAAUUUAAAAAAUACUAUUGCAGUUAAUGCUUCAAAUAUUGAUGAUUUUGAAAAUUGUACUACAGUACUAGGAAGUAUAAUCCUCCAAGAAUUUUCAAUAAACGGUGACGUGUUCACCAACACAACUGCAAUGGAUCCAGCAAAACUGAACAUCUUCAGAAGCAUCCGAGAAAUAACAGGUUAUUUAUUAAUUCAGUGGUGGCCGGAAGAUUACACUGAUCUGAGCAUUUUUGAAAAUCUUGAAGUAAUCCGAGGUGGUCCAAAACAUAGUUGGAGGUACGCACUUGCUGUAACAAAUGUAUCUAUUUCAUCAUUGGGAUUAAAAUCUCUUAAAGAAGUGAGUGAUGGAGAUGUUACCAUACGAAGUAAGGAUCUCUGCUAUGCUGACACCAUUAACUGGACAAGAAUCUUACGAACAAACAAACAAAGGAUUUCAACAGUAAACAAAAACCUGGAAGAAUGUGUUGCUGAAGGAAAAAUUUGUGAUGCUUCAUGUUCUGAAGAUGGUUGCUGGGGACCUGGACCUUCUCAGUGCUUUUCACAUAAUAGAAAAUAAAAUGUGUCAUAAUACGGAAUAUUUCCCGGGUACCUAUUUGCAUGACUUGCAGCAGGGUUUUAGUGUAUAAACUAAGAGCAAA